CCGAGAAAGUGGCCCAAUCACCCUCCUUCCCAAGUCACCUGAUUCAUGUACUGCCAUUUUACACACAAGUUUGACUGGGGGUGAAAAAAAAAUCGCAAUUGGCCUAUCGGGAACCUCAACACAGAAAUACACCCUUUUGUAAGAAGAUUAAAACGACUGGGGGAUAAGGAGGAAAAAAAUCAAAGCGGCUAAGGUUAGAGGCAGCCAGCGCGGGGUGCUGUGUGGAUCAGAGAGGUGUUUGCGGUCGGAUCUGCGCGUAGAUUCAGAGGAGAAACCGGGCGAAGAAGAGAGGAAAAAAAGAAAGGACAAUGCUGUUUUAUAUCGUCUUUGAAAAAUGAGUCUUCAGUCAUAGGGGAUGCCGCAUAGAUUUGAUCAUAAUCACCGGUAGUGUUUCGAUUAUUGCCAUCUUUAUUUCGGAUUCAGCUCUCGUUUAGACAUCCCGCCGGCAUCUCAGGGACGCAUUACAGCUUACUGUACAUUGUCUUACAUUAUUAUACUACUUUUGAUUCAGGCCGAUUUUAAUUACAGGCCUACAUUUUAGCGCUUUUUAACGUAUCUUAUUUCUGCAGCUGGGUCAUCUUGAUGCCUUCGACUGAAUAUUAAAUGGUUCCCUGGAUGUGACCGUCUUAUGUUUUAUUUGGCCGCCGCAUGAAUUCUCCCACCGGAUCCUCGUCGGUGAACGCUGCUGUCCUCCUCCUCCACCUCCUCCUCCUCCUCCUGCUCAGACGGCCGAUUCUCGCAGAGGGCACUACCCUCCUCCCUGCCUCUAAAGACAUUUUGAUCGUCCUCCCCGGUCCCCCCCACCCGGACUCCUCGACCAUCACUCCGCCUGCCUCCUCUUCCACCACCACCACCUCCACCUCCUCCUCAGUAACAUGUCGGGACAGUCUUUGACGGACCGGAUCGCCGCCGCGCAGCACAGCAUGACCGGGUCUGCCAUCAGCAAAGCCGUCUGCAAGGCCACGACGCAUGAAGUCAGCGGACCCAAGAAGAAACACCUUGACUACCUGAUCCACUGCACCAAUGAGCUGAAUGUCAGCAUCCCCCACCUGGCAGACACACUGCUGGAGCGCACAGCCAGCAACAGCUGGAUAGUGGUUUUCAAAGCGCUCAUCACCACACACCACCUCAUGAUGUACGGCAACGAGAGAUUGAUGCAGUACCUUGCCUCCAGAAACACGCUCUUCAACCUCAACAACUUUCUAGAUAAGGCUGCACUACAAGGGUAUAACAUGUCAACUUUCAUCAGACGCUACAGCCGCUACCUGAAUGAAAAAGCCAUGUCUUACAGACUAGCAGCAGUGGACUUCACCAAGAUGAAGAGAGGGGCUGAAGGCGUGAUGCGCACCAUGAACACAGAGAAGCUGAUUAAGACUCUGCCCAUCAUUCAGAACCAGUUGGAUGCACUGCUGGAUUUCCAGCCUAACUCCAACGAGUUGACCAAUGGAGUGAUCAACACGGCUUUCAUGUUGCUGUUUAAAGACUCUAUACGGUUGUUUGCUGCUUACAAUGAAGGAGUCAUCAACAUGCUGGAGAAAUACUUUGACAUGAAGAAGAACCAGUGCAAAGAGGCGUUGGAGAUCUACAAGACUUUCCUCAACAGGAUGACCAAACUGUCCGAGUUUCUCAAAGUGGCAGAGCGAGUUGGGAUAGAUCAGGGCGACAGCCCCGAUCUCACACAGGCUCCCAGCUCUCUCCUGGAGGCUCUGGAGCAGCAUCUAGCCUCUCUGGAGGGCAGGAAGCUCAAAGACCUCUCCGCAGCCAGCAGAUCCAGCACCUUGUCUAGUGCCGUGUCCUCUCUCUCCAGCACUGGGAUCUCUCUCAGCCGUAUGGACGACAAGACAGAAGACAACAGACUGCAGCAACACAAGGAGGAUAAGAUGAUUGACAUUCAGACACCCAAUGUGUCACCCAGCACCCAGUCAGUGGGCAGUGCCAACAGCAGCGGAGGGGCCACAGAUCUCUUCUCCAACUCACCGAUCAUCCCCGUCAGCAAUCACGUGCCAAACCUGACCAGUGAGCUGUUCACCCUGCAGCCUAACUUCACCCCCAUCCAGACCACACACACUGUGCCCAACAAUAACAAUGCCUGGGGAGGUGACCUGCUAAAGCCAGCACCACCCGCUCAAAUUCACAGCCCCGGAGUCCAAUUGCACUCUGGAAAAAUGCUGCCAAAUGAUUUGGACUCUUCAUUAGCCAACCUUGUUGGUAACCUGCAGUUUGGGGGGACGCCAGCUAAAAAGCCGGAGCUCCAGUGGAGUCAGCUGGUAGAGAAAAAACCAACAGGAGGAGGCGGCUGGCAGUCGAAGACUAUGUGCACCAGCACCAACUGGACCCACACCACCCAUCCCAUGGCACCUGCACCCAUGCCCGUCCCUCAGAUGAAUGGGAUGAUCUAUACUGGCUAUGCUCCUGCACCAGUGGCUUUUCCUAUGACGACACCCCAAGUGCCUGUGUAUGGAAUGCUCCCUCCUCAGAUGAGUCAUCAAAUGGGGGGUGUUCCUGUGAUGCCCCCACAGCCUGUCAUGUACAACCAGCCUGUCCUGAGACCCACCAAUCCCUUCGGACACAUCCCGGGGACACAGAUGCACUUCAUGUAGGGAUGAUGUUGUAACCAUGGCAGCAAAGCCGAGAGAGAGAAGGCGAGAGGAAAGAGAUGGAGAGAGAAAGAGUCCAAGAAAACUAAUCCAGAACCAAAUCCAGUGCCGGAGGAAGAAAGAGGAAGACAGAGAGGAAAAGGGAGGGGAGAGGAAGAAGGAGAGAGGACCAGAGGACUGAUAAAAGAUGAAAUGCUGAUGUCUGUUUUCAAGUCGCCUCACCCUCUAAUCUCCUCUCCUCUCUCCAUGUGGCUACUGAUCUGUCUUUGAAUGGGGGCACCAGAGGCUCCGCAUCAAUCCCACUCAUCCUCUGUUUGAUUUGCCAAUUCGAACGGCGAUUAUGACCUGUGAUGACAGCUCUAUGGAAGUGCAGAAGCUCUACUGCCACUUCCUGACCUCCUCAUCCCGAUAAUUUCCAGUAUAAAAACUUAACCCACUUCAAACUCGGAGGACACGCGUCUCUUUCUCUGAUUGGAUUGUUUGCUGGCACUUUACUCAAUGUGAACUUUGCCAAGGGUGUAUGUCUGUGUAGGUGAUUUUAGCAUCUUGUUCGGAUUGGUUCCCGGUUGCGUGUCAUCCAUCACCUGAUGUCAGAAGUGAUUGAUCUGAAUGCGUGUGUGCGUGUCCUUUUUUCUACAUUUCAAUGUGCUGCAUCAACAUUACCGUUUCAGUCUUUUUAUGAGCUCCAUUUGUUCUUAAUUGCCAACUUUACAUCAAAAAUUCGGCGUGGAACGAUAAUUUGCAGGUGCGAUUGUGUGUGUGGAUGGACGUGGCUGUGUAGGGUGUGUGUUUCUCUUUUGGUACCUGAUGUCAUUACUGUGUUGCCAGGUACCAACGUGUUACUGCACUGGAACUAACUAAUGAAAGCACUGAGCCAGACCCAGGCAUCGCAUUUGGAUGUAAACAAACCUCUUACACUAACUUUGCUAACUUUGGGGUCCUGCUGUACACACUGUGUAUUUUGUUCUUUUUUUUCUCUCUCCUCCUCUACAGCUGUGCAAUAUCAUGCAAUCGAGUCUUUUUCACCCAUCUGUAGGCUGUUAAGAAAGCUGUUUCCUGCUGUAGUGUUGUUGUGUGUCUACAUCAGGUUUCUGUACAGAAUGCUCUUUUAUUUCGUUUUCUAACCUGUUAUGUUAUACCCGUACUGCUCCAAAAGUAGUGAAAAAUGCACUCAGAGCCAGAUAUAGAGGUGACUGGAUAUUAGUAAGGAGAUGAUUCUCAGUCUUGCAAAUCAGAAAUGGUCUAACUCCCAACUGUAUGAUUUCCUCCCUGUCCUAAGCAUUCGUCCUGUCCAAAAUGAGUCUCAUGUGAAGUCCUUUACACUCCAGAAAAACUGCAAAAGGGUAAUUAACGCAGCAGAUGUCUCACCUCCGCUUGGAGGAAUUAAAGAUGCUGCUACCACCAAGAGGGGCUUGUUAAUGCAGUGUUAACAUUUAUGGACAGGACAGCUAAAGGUCAGUCGGAGGAGUCAAAUGGAGACUAGACUGUCGUAAAGCGACUGAGGGUAAUGUCUGUCGAUCAUGACCCUAGUAAUGCCUGCAGUGACGACAUACAGAUGAAUUUAGACAGCCAGAGACGGGAGGCUUUAAUGAGACGUUAAAUGUUAAUGUGGUUUUUCUGGCAGACCCAAGGUCAAGUUAGACCCACAGACAGACGAUAUAUAAAUAUAUAUAGCACAAACCUUCGAAGAGGGGACACCGCUCUGCUGCACAAAAACCUAAAAUCAUUGCUGGGAUGUACAGUUGAAAGGGGCAAUAAUCGAUUGGGGAUGAAGUCGUUUUCUAUUGAUUGUGUCUGUUCUAUGUACAUGUACUGUAUGUGUGUGUGUUUGUGUGCACAUGCCUUCCCAUAGAGAUAAACAGGGUCAUGUUCCUCGGUUAGAGAUGAAAGGUCUCUAGUGAGCUGGUGUAGCGUGUACUAACUUAGCAGUGAGUGUUGUUGUGACCGUGUCUCAGUCUGUACAACCCGACAUCAAAUCAGAGGAUCACUCAUCUGCUGAAAAAAAGGCCCCAAAGUCAUCAGACUUGGAAACUCAAUGUGAAUCGAAGACAAACCUCUCCAGACUACGCCUGUGAUUCCCAACAAAAUCGUCAAGAAAACGGCGACUGUGUGGUGGCGUAUUGUUACGAUUCAACCUUGAACUGUAACUGCUGGUUUGGCAAAAACGAACCUCCCAGCAGCUACGAGUCUACUACCAGCAGAGACUUCAGUGUUAGAAAUCGUCACCAAGCAAGCAGAUAUUCUCUGAGGUUUCUCAACAAGAGGCCAGCUGACAUUUGGAUAUCUCCUUUGGAAAAAUUGUCGCUUCAUUCUCCUCCAUUAUUCCUCGUCCCAGUGGUUCGUCUUUUUCCGUCAGCUGUAAGCUCUUUCAUUGUGCACUUCACUCCCACAACGCAGCUCGAUCCAUCCUGGGCCAACCUCUGACUGUUACUAUGUCCUCUGUAUAUAGGUAAUGCCGUUCAUGUGUUUUUAGACGUGCUCUCUCUGUAAAGUGAUCGAAGCCCCAUUGGAUGACGUACCGUACGUGGGACAAUUAAUUGCUGUAUCUGUGUUUGAAUGGUUGUAUUUUGAAGGUGUCAUCAUCCAGGGAUGGGUGGGUGGGUUUAAUGUUUGUGAUGUUUGUGUCCAUCUUGAGGAGGAAGGGGGUGGGGUUUGUGUGUGGGGGGGUUCAGGGGUAAACUAUCACAACUGGUCUAUACCAAGAGUGUCUUCAUCGAGGAAGUGGACAGGACAGGGUCUGUCCUCUUCGAAACAGGAACAUUUUUUUGCACCAAAGUCAUCAUCAAAGCGCAGCUUCUUCUUAUUCAAGGUCACUACGGAUGGAUGAUAUCAGAACUCAAAAGGAUUUUUUUUGUUCUUUUAUUUUUGGAGACAAAGAAACUGUCUUUUUUUGCAUGAUUAAGUGUCGUCUUUUUAUUGGCUUGUGUGCCCGGUAAAAGCAUGACCAUUGUGUGAACUCUCACUUACCGGUGUGUUUGGAAAACGUUAAGGAAAUUUCUCCAUGAGAUUUUUUACUUACCUCUUGACAUGAACAUUCAUUGACAUUCAUAAUCAACUGUUUUACAAUGUAGGGUCCGUAACUGUUUGAAGGCUGCCUCGCAUGCAGAAAUGCAACUUGCAAGUAACCCAUCAAACUUCAAACCCAGUUACCAUAACUGCAUCUUUGUAAAACACCAUGGAUGUCAAUGCCAGUUAUCACCUAGCUAGCUAGACAUUGCAGUCUUGUAAAAUCGCUCUUUAUUAAAGCGUUGCUAUUUUCAAUACGUGUGUUUGAAUGCUCGCUCCUUUUUCAUACUAUGCCAGCAGCAUCAUGGGAGGUUGUGAUUGGAAGUCAAAGUACUGUAAUACGUGUUUGGUCUGGUCAACAUUGUGUGGUGUUUUUAACGUGUUUGCCCAGUCUUGUCCUGUCUGUUGCCAUCAACUGGACUUAUUCUUUCCCAGUCAUCCUCUUUAAGCACGGACUGGUUUCCUGAAACCAGGCUUGGCUUCACCGAAACCUUCAACUUUUCUUUAAGAUCAUUUCUGCAAACCCAAACAAGGGGAUAUGAGAUCAAUUAUUCUAUUUUAAACUCCAGUUUCAAAAGCAUAUGGGUAGACAAAAUUUGAGUAUCUACGCGUCUGUCUGCCAGACAUACCUGUACACUUUAGAAGUAUUCAAUCUGGGGCUUGAUUUCAUAAAAGCAGCCUCAGACUGGUCUAUCAGACCUGUUGGCAAAAUAACAUUUUCUCUCUUACAUUCAGUUCAUCUUGCCUGUCUACCAGUCAUUAGUAAUAAAAAAGACUAAUGAUAAUCUGCCCAAGCAUUUAUAUCAAUUAUCAGCACACAGUCCUUCUACCUGCACUCUAACUUUACAAAAAGGACAUUGGAGGUAAUCUUCAAUGGGUUGUUAGUAGAAUUAUCUAUAAUGGAAGACUCCCAACACCAUUAUCGACUGACUCAACUGUCUGCAAAUACAAAAAUAACCAUUUCUAAUCAUCACUGAAGCUACUUCAGACUAUCUGGUGGCUGGAAACCAGACUUGGCCAGUGUUAUCAGAGCAGAAACUGCAUUUCCAUGUUGUUUUGCCAGUGAAAGGCGCAUGAUGUCUAUGCAGUUUCACGCUCCAUCCUUCGUCCAUUUAGGCACGUAGGCCUACUCACCAUAUUACCUCAGUAUACCCUCAGUAUUGUGUAUACUGCAUUCACGACUCAUUCAGUACUCUAGUGUCCAUCUGUAAACUGUUCAUUGUUGUUGAGGGCAUGAAACUCAGCAGUGUCCAUAAAAAUGUCUUGUGAGCAGGGAGUGAGGUUCCACACCUUCAAUUUCUUCUCAUUUUAUUUUUUUGUAUAUCAAAGUGAUUGAAUUAUCAACAGGUUUGGAUUGUUAUCAAAUUAUUGGUUUUUAUUUGAAAAGCAUAGGUUGAUGUUUUUGGAAGAAAAUGGAAUAAAACGUCAUCUGAU